AUGUUUGUGCCGAGUGAAGGCAAAAAAGAGGAGGAUUCAAUAAACGAGCCGUUGGAAAUAAACAUUAACAACAUUGCAAAUAAAUUGGCGAAUAUAUUAUAUAUAACUAACGUUUCAAUGAGAGAAAAUUUUGAAUUAAGAAAUAAUUUACCAUAUGCCAAAUUUAUAAAUGAUAUGAAAUCCUACUGUGUAAAUUUAAUACAGUCAAUUAAUAAUUUAAGUAGUACUUUUUAUAAUUUAUCGUGCUUACCUGUUCAUACGAUACCUCGAAAUCCAUAUAACAAUGUCCAGGAUGUGAAUACAAUCACUAACAAUAUUAGUGUAGAUGAUUCUGUGGACAAAAUAAAAGAAAAUAAAAAUUUACUUUCAACCUUUCACGCGAAAUAUAAAAAAAGUGAAGAUUUUAAGAACAAUGUUAAACGAAUUGAAAUUUUCAAUGAUCAUGUUUUUUCAGCUUUAAAUAAUCUUGAACACAUUAAAAUUCCAGGAAAAUAUGAACAGGCAAUAAUUUUUGGAAAUGUACUCUCGGAACGUUUAAAAAAUAAACAAAAAGAUUAUGAGCACUUGGAAUUGUACAUUGCUAAAAUAAAUUAUGGUCUCUUUUAG